UCCAACAUGGCGGAUUAGACUGGCAAGGGGGCAACGCUGGCGCUUUCGUCUGGAAACUUGGCAAACCUGGAGCAAAAAUGUUAAACAGCUACAUUUUUCUGUCAUUCAAGCUUGACCAAUGUAGUCCAGUUAUGUACUCCUUUGUCCUGUGGAUAGACGAAAGAUUCACUUCUCUCUGUUUUGUGACUUUUGUGCUUGUAGCAUCCUGCGAUAUUUUGACUCUUCAAGGUUUUGCAGCUGGUGAAAUCCAAUAUAGAAAUGAUUUUUCUCAAAGCACUUUGUUCAGAGUCAAAAGGAACCUUGGCAAGAGCCGUGAUAAGAGGCAGAAUAAUGUAGUUUCAAAUAUAACAGUGCAGGAUCAUCACAAGUACUAUUCAGUAGAGAUCUUUCAUGAUGGUUUACUCCAUGUGUGGUCUGAUCUUAGAGAGAAAUUAGAGAGUGUACAUGAUGAGCAUUUAUCAAAUAGCAAGCUGGCCAUUAAGAAUGUCAAACUGUCAUUUGGUUUUCCUUACUAUGGUCAUAUGGUGACGAAUGUAACUCUCACCACUGGAGGUUUUAUUAACCUUGGCACAUCACAGAAUCGCCAAAUUGCUAAUUUCCAAUAUGUUGCUCCACUCUUGGCAUACUUUGAUCCUUCCCUUGACGACAGCAGUAGUGUUCAUCACCUUGACAGUGGUAGGGGUUUUGUUUGUGACUUAGUAAGGAAUAUUUCUUACAAAUUAUUAGGAUAUGGAAAUGAGUUCAUUGUGCAAUGGUCAGAGGUCUUACUACAUGACAAUCCUCAAGUGUCCAUUUCAUUUCAACAGAUUGCAAUUCCAGUGACAAACAUAUCACGUGCUGAGCACGCUGUUAACGUUGGCAUUUCAGAUGCGUACUAUGUGGACAAACUGAGGCAUUAUUAUGGCAUUUGGCAAAUAUUUCGCACAUUUUAUACUUAUGAUGCAGUGAACAUCAAUCAGAGCAGGGUGGUCAAUGACACUGUUAUCAUACUUCGUCCCAAGAAAAAUUGCAUCAUGGCCAGUACAUGUAAAGACUGCAUGGAAAUACGAAGCAGCACAGAGUUUCAUUGCACCUGGUGUAACAAACUUAACAGGUGUUCGGAUGGAUUUGACCGUCAUCGCAGUGAAUGGCUUAAAGCGGGUUGCAACACGUCAGGAAUCGUCCAAUCAGAAAAAUGUGUCAUCCAAGACAAACAGACAGAGGAUGAACGGACCUCAGGCCUCGCCCCAUGGUUAAUAGCGGUAAUCUGUAUGUGUGCUGUAGUCGUGUUUGGUGCGUUGGCGUGGCUUGUCUAUGCUUUCGCACAUCCUACCUCCAGAUCGGGACUUUGUCUUCAGCACUGCCCUGGAAGAUGCUGCAGGAAGUGUACAGCAAAUUACCAAGAAACUGGUCCAACAAACUCUUAUGUGUUUAACAAAGUUCUUUUUUAAUCUGACAGACCACAGAUGGUUCCAAACUUCAUGUAACAGAUAUAUUGUGUCUAGUAACGAAGCGUAUUAUAAUCGCCCUUCUGCGAUCUACUUUCAAGUCCAAAGUGGCAAAAAAAAAAA